AUGACCGAAACCUGGGGAAAGCCCCCACCUCGGUGCGGAUUGUGCCAGUGGACCUCGGCCCAGAGCAUUGACAAAGUUGAGAAGGGAAUCCGUCAAUCGGGCACUCAAGAUGAGCCUUUCCACAAGUUGGUGAAGAACAGCGCGUACUACAGUCGCUUCCAGACCAAGUACAAGCGUAGAAGAUCCGGAAAGACCGACUACUAUGCCCGCAAGCGCCUGAUCACCCAGGCCAAGAACAAGUACGGUGCCCCCAAGUACCGUCUUGUGGUCCGCUUCACCAACCGGGACAUCAUCAUGCAAAUCGUCACCUCGGAGCUCACCGGCGACAAGGUCUUCGUCGCCGCCUACGCCCACGAGCUCCCCGCCUACGGCAUCACCCACGGUCUCACCAACUGGGCCGCCGCCUACGCCACCGGUCUCCUGAUCGCCCGCCGCGCCCUCUCCAAGCUCGGCCUCGACAAGACCUUCACCGGUGUCGAGGAGGCCGACGGUGAGUUCACCCUCACCGAGGCCGCUGAGACCGAUGACGGCGAGCGCCGCCCCUUCAAGGCCAACCUCGACGUCGGUCUCCACCGCACCUCCACCGGUGCCCGUGUCUUUGGUGCCAUGAAGGGUGCCUCUGACGGUGGUAUCCUCGUCCCCCACUCCGAGAAGCGUUUCCCCGGUUACGACAUGGAGUCCAAGGAGCUCGACGCCGAGACCCUCAAGAACUACAUCUUCGGCCAGCACGUCGCCGAGUACAUGGAGACCCUCGCCGACGACGAUGAGGAGCGCUACAAGUCCCAGUUCCAGCAGUACAUUGACGACGACGUCGAGGCCGACGGUCUCGAGGAGCUCUACACCGAGGCCCACGCCGCCAUCCGCGAGGACCCCUGGAAGAAGGAGGAGUCCGAGAACAAGAAGACCAAGGAGGAGUGGAAGGCCGAGUCCAAGAAGUACAAGACCAAGCGCCUCACAAAGGAGGAGAAGGAGCAGAAGGUCAAGGAGCGCAUCGCUGCGUACCGUGCCGAGUAA